UUUAUCAUAUCAGUUUAAUUUAUAAACAGUCACCUCUUAGAUAACGAUUAUCGGCCAUUUUAUUGGAGACAUAAUUUUGUAUGUAAAACGUAUGGCAGUCGGCUAUCUAAUAUUUUUAUAUAUCUGUGGAUGUGAUACAGCGUAAUAAUAAAUAAUAAUAUUAUGUUAAUAAAUUCUGUGGUAGCCGGUAGAUUAUCCGAUAAAUUGGUGAUCACUAUUAUCUCGCGAAGACGUGAAACCGGGUGCUUUGAAUUUUGAAAAUCCCGUGUCUCUAAUUCUCUAAACUCUAAACAAUGUGACUUUUCGUUUUUUAAAAACAUCCCGACUCUGCUCAUUAAGAGUUAUUCCGAAACAUUCACAAUUCACUCAUUUUUUACAUGUUUUUACGAUUUAAUUCAUUAAUUUAGGCCUUUCUGCGAUCUUAUUCUCAUCCAAAGCUGUAGUAGACACUGCUUGUAAAUUUAAAUAAUUUUCUAUUUAUUUCACAGCUCACUGUACCUGGUUAAUUUUGUACUUCAUUGAUUGUUCAUAUUUCAUAAUAUUCUAAAAAAAAAAAAGGAUUAUUAUGUAGUAUUUGUUGUGGUAUAUACUAUGAACAGUUUUAAAUGUUAUACCAUCAUUUAUCAUUGUGAAUCUUAUAAAAGUUCAAUUUCUGAAUUAUUUAGUGAGGAUUGUUCCGGUUAAACUAUUAUUAAAUUUAAUGUGUCACAUUUAAAUUGUUAUUUUUAUUACUAUUGCCGUUUAGAGUAAAUUUAUUACAUGAGUUAUUUGAUAUCUUCAUAAAUAUGUUGAAAUUUAAUAAUUUAAUUACCAAAUUGAAACCGAUAAACAAAUUAAACUUUAGAAGAAAAAUGAGCACAACAAUAAAUCCUAAACGUCAUGAACACAAUAUUGUGUGGUUUGAUGGUGAAAUGACUGGAUUAGACUAUAAUCGUCAUGCCUUGAUUGAAGCAGCUAUAAUUAUAACUGAUAAAAAUUUGAACAUUUUAGCAGAAAGUCCAAAUAUUAUUAUACAUCAAUCAGAUGAAGUGUUAGAAAACAUGGAAGAUUGGCCUAAAAAGCAACAUGCAUUAAGUGGCUUGACUGAAAAUGUUAGAAAGAGCAAUAUAUCAAUUGAACAAGCUGAUCAAAUAUUAUACGAGUUUAUCAAACCAUUUACUCCUAAAGGUUUUUGUCCGUUAGCUGGCAAUUCAAUUUAUAUGGAUAGAACUUUUAUUAGAAAAUAUAUGCCAAAACUUGAAAGUCAUUUAAGUUAUAGAUUAAUAGAUGUGUCUACUUUAAAAGAGUUGUUUAAACGCUGGAAACCGGAAGUACAUAAUGCAGCUCCAAAAAAAUCAUUUCAACAUAGAGCUCUUGAUGACAUUAAAGAAAGUGUCGAAGAACUCAAAUAUUACAAAAACUGUUUGAAGUUAUAAUUUAUCAUCAUGAAUUAAAUAAAUAAAAUUUGGUGAUACAAUUUGCACCAAAAUAAGCAUCAUUUA